AUGACAGAAUCCACCCCAAAGUCGACCGCGCCCUACAGCGUGGCCGGGAAAACUGCCAUCAUCACAGGCGCCGGCUCAGGCAUCAACUUCUCCUUCGCUGAACUCCUACUAGAGCGCGGCUGCAAUGUCGUCAUUGCUGAUCUCGCUCUUCGACCGGAGGCGGAGCAGCUCGUCUCAAGCAACCAAGACAAGGCGAAAGCCGAGCCACGUACGAUUUUCGUCAAGACUGACGUAACAUCAUGGCCGGCACUAUCCAACAUGUUCAGAGUCGCCAUUGACGAAUUCGGGGGCUUUGACAUCUUCUGUCCUGGGGCAGGCGUCUAUGAGCCCCACUGGUCCAACUUCUGGCAUCCACCGGGAUCGUCCGAGAGUAAGGACAGUGUAGAUGGCGGUAGAUAUGCCCUGCUUGACAUCAAUAUCACCCAUCCCAUCCGUUCUACGCAGCUGGCGAUCUCCUACUGGCUGCACCCCGGAGAGGUCACAGAUACGGCCCUGCCUCCGUCCAUCAAGGCGUCACCCGAGGACCCGAAGCGUAUCGUUCACAUCUCGUCAGUGGCCGGUCAGGUUCCAAACAUCAAUGCUCCUCUCUACGCAGCCUCGAAGUUCGCCAUCACCGGAUUUGUGCGUAGUCUUGCCCGCCUGGAAGAGACAGAUGGGGUCCGCGUCAAUGCUGUGGCACCAGGCGUCGUGCGAACCCCGCUCUGGACUGAGCAUCCGGAGAAGCUGGUCAAUCUGGACGAAGCCCAGGAUGGUUGGGUCACUCCAAGGGAGGUCGCAGAGGCUAUGCUGCGAUGCGUCGAGGAGGAGGCCAUCGUGGGGGGAUCUAUCCUAGAGGUUGGCAAAGAUAACACGCGUCUUGUUGAGACUUUCAACGCACCCGGUCCGGAUCACGACCCAAAGAGGGGUCUCAUAGCCAGAAACACGUCAAAGGGAAUGGACAUGGUAUUCUCUUGGUUGAAAGAUGCUACUAAAUGGGGCGUCGGCAGAGAUUGA